UACGUAAAGCGACUCAAGCGCGCUAUAACGUCGAGUAGAAAGUCUCCUAAAAAAAAAAAAAAGUUUAGGACACUUGUUUUCUUGGCGUGUUUCCCAUUGAAACAUUUUCAGCCGGAAAGCUGGGUGUGAAGAUACAGCCUGUACGCAGGGUGACAUCGAUUGGGACGGUCCUGCUGCUGCUAUAAAAAGGGGGGGCUCUCUGUAGAGUGAGUUCCGCUCCUUUCAUUCUCAGACACCAAAAUGAGUUACGGAUCCGAAGUCUAUUCCUCUUCAUCCUACCGGAAGAUUUUCGGAGAUUCUCCACGUUUCUCGACGUCCCCGUCCAGAAUGAAUGUUCCCCGAAGCGGCUACCGGUCCGUGUCCCUGUCCAGGACCACCAACUCGGGUCUGGGUUCCUAUAAGCGCAUCGGGCGCACCGGCUACCCAGCGUCGACCUCUCCGAUGGGGAUGGACACGUUUGACUUUGCGCAAAGCACCGCGCUGAGCAACGAGCUCAAGAUCAUUCGCACAAAUGAGAAGGAGCAGAUGCAGGGCUUAAACGACCGCUUCGCCACGUUCAUCGAGAAAGUGCGCCACGUGGAGCAGCAAAACAAGGCUCUGGAGGCCGAGCUGGCGGCGCUGCGUCAGCGUCACGCAGAGCCGUCGCGUCUCGCCGACCUCUACCAACAAGAGAUCCGUGAGUUGCGUGCGCAGCUGGAGCAGGUGUGCACCGAGCGGGAGCGCGCUGCUCUUGAGCGCGACGCCGCCGAAGAGGAGCUGCACAAGGCGCAAGAACGCUGCGAGGAGGAGGCACGCCGGCGCGACGAAGCCGAGCGCACGCUGCAGGCUUUCCGCAAGGAUGUAGACGACGCGUCUCUGGCGCGCCUCGACUUGGAGAGGAAGGUAGAGUCACUGCUGGAUGAGAUCGGCUUCCUGCGCAAGGUACACGACGAAGAGGUGGCCGAGCUGACCAGCGUCAUUCAGGCUUCGCAGGUGUCCGUGGAGCUUGAGGUCACCAAGCCUGACCUAACCUCCGCUCUUAAGGAGAUCCGCGGGCAGUAUGAGUCGCUGGCCUCUAAAAACCUGCAGUCAGCCGAGGAGUGGUAUCGCUCCAAGUUCGCCGACCUGAACGAGCAAGCGAGCCGCAGCAACGAGGCGAUCCGCGCCAGCCGUGAAGAGGUCAACGAGUUCAGGCGUCAACUGCAGUCCAGGACCAUCGAGAUUGAGAGCCUGCGUGGCACCAACGAGUCCCUGGAGAGGCAGAUCCGCGAGAUGGAGGACCGGCACAACAUCGAGGUCAUCGGCCUUCAGGACGCUGUUGGUGAGUUGGAGAAUGAGCUAAGGACCACUAAGAGUGAGAUGGCUCGUCACUUGAGGGAAUACCAGGACCUUUUGAAUGUCAAGAUGGCCCUGGAUAUUGAAAUUGCUGCUUACAGGAAACUUCUGGAAGGAGAAGAGACCCGCCUAAGCACAGGCAUCUCCUACCCCAUUCCAGGCUCUAUCUCCAGUGCCCCGAGCUACAACUACCAGAGCCGUAUCUACACCAGCUCUUCCAAGGGCAUUAAGAAGGAGAAAGGAGAAGAUGAGGACAAACCGAGCAUCGGGUCCGACAGCUCCGCUUCCAAGAAGGCUGAAAAGCAUGAUUCUGGUGUUGAUGUUGAAGCUGUCACCUCGAAGAAUUAAGUCUUACUUCCCUCCUUAUUUCACUUCCCACUUCCCCCCUCCACCCCUACCCCAACUACUUUCCUUCACUAGGAAUGUCUCAGAGAGGAAUCCAGUGUAUCUGUGUAUCAGCUUUCUCUUUCAAUCUCCACUUAACGACUACAGCAACAGGGUGUCUGUCCCCUUAAGGCAGACUGCACACUCUAUAGGCACAGUCAACUCUUUCUCUUUGCUACUCUUACUUGUUAGCUGAUCAGGUCUGCGUUGUUCUGCAUAGGUGUUGUCUUAAAAAAACCCUUAAGUGCACUAACACAGGCUACAUUCAUCACAUUCCAGAAAGCUUAUGUGCAUAUGUGUGUGUGUGUGUGUGUGUGUUUGUGUGAACAUGCACAGUGCAUUCAGGAUAAAAUCUGUUCAUAAAUCUUCAAUAUUUAGUGUACACAGAAAAAACAGCACACUACUAUUUAUUUAUUUAUUUAUUUAUUUAUUUAUUUAUUUAUUUAUUUAUUUAUUUAUUUAUUUUUUGUUUGUUUGUUUGUUUGUUUGUUUGUAUUCCAGGGGUAUUCAACUCAUAUUUGUGAAAAUUCCUUGCUUACAAAGGUCACUAACAUGAUUAGCGACUACAGUCUUUUAGUGUUUAACCAUUUAUGGUUCCUUCAUAGCUAUAAGUAAAACAAAGUGGUUAUGUUCUGUUUCCCAAUGGUGCUUCACAUUACCACUUUUAUCAAGAGGCACAGACAGGACAGAUAAGACACUUCAGUUUUAAACAGAUGUCUUCUCUGUCCAGUGUGUGAAAAGUCUUCCCUUUGUCCAUAAGAUGCCUUUAGAUAAUUAUUUGAUAGAAGUGUGUGUGUGAUUGGAUGCUCCAGAAGCAUUGCUGGCUCAUGUUUAAAAACUAGACUCGUCUCUGCUACAGUGAAGUGCUUUGAUAUCGGUCCAACGAAUUGACAACCCCUGCUGUACACCAUAGCAAUAAUGUUAGUUGCUGACUCUUUCUCUAGUCUUGUAUUGUUGAUACAUCCAAAUGUUUAGUCGUACUACUCUUCCUAUAAUCAUUAGCUGCAUUUGAUUCCUGAUUCUCACCCAUUAGGGCACGGUAACAUCACAUCCUAGGUCAUUUUCUCCAAACGUAAAACACGAAAUUCCUCUCCAAGACUAAUCAUGGUGCCAAUCUGACUUUCCCCUGCUUGAGUGCAAGCAGCAGCUGAAAUUAAUGCAUGAUGUUUAUUCCCUGUUUGCAUGUCAAGGGUAUGUGGGCCAUCCACCACUUCUUUAUUGCCAUGCAGUUUUUUCCCCCGCAGUCAUUCAUCCUGCUAUGUCACUCAUGCAUUGAAUCACAUCACAAUAGACUGUAUCAGCUAAUAAGUGCACAAUGCUGCUUGGUAUGCGUUAUAGUAAAACAUUUUAUUCAUGAUUAUUCAGGAUAUGAAUGUAUUAGGAUGUUACAUAAAACUAGGUUUGUGAAAUAAACAAAAAUGUGGUUAAAAGCUUAAAGAAACACUCCAGAGUGGCGUUUAUCCUGUUCAAACUCAUGACCAGAAGGCAAGGGAUCUAUAUUUAGGCUGUGCUUUCUGGCUUGGAGAGAUGGCAUCCUCUCACUCCCUGUCAAUCACAGUGACAAUCCACAAAGGCAUCUGUGAGCUUAUGUAUGAGGAAGAGGGCAGAUAGCACUUUCCUCUGCCCUGUGUUUGGAAAAAGACACAGUUGGUUGACUUGACAUGUUUCAGUGGAAGCAUGUGUUAGCCUUUGUACUCCCUGACUGAAAGCUUGUAGGUGGGCAGGAAUUGGCAUGUGACCGAAUUGGGGUGAUAGGUGGCAAAAGUAAACAGUUACUGUGAAAGUAAGGGUCUUGCUUUUGAGUUUGAAGACAAACAUUAGAUUAAUUAAAAAAAAUUAGCACAAAUGUAGCAUGGACUAACAAACCGAAAGAAUGUUACACGUAGGCACAAAUGUACCGUCAUCCAUAAUCGACCCACAGCAUAAAUGCACAAUGAAAAACCACAAGCCAUUCUCAAAAACCUCACAAGAAAUAUAUCGUCUAUAAGGAAUGGCUCAGAUUAAACCUAUACUCUUUUGCAAUAAGUCCAAGCACACAGACUUAACACUGGUGCACAAAGCAAAAGCUUCCCUUAAGUAUCAGUUUGCAUUAAUUAACUAAUAAUCAGUGCUAGCGUAAAAAAUUUUUUUCUAAUUCUCCUUGAUCACUGCCAGGUCUUGACACCACUUGCCUCAAGGCACUAUAGGCCUGACUUACUGCACUCUUCACUGUGAUCAAAUCAACUGUACUGCAGCAUGUUAUAGAGGUUUACUUUUUAUGCUGGAUAGUCUGUAGAGACAACGAUGAUGGUAAACGCGGUAGCUGGUGUAUUUGGAAUCAACCAAACAGUUCCCAAUAAACAGUUAAAAAGGUUUUAGGAAAAGUUUUGGCGAAUAUUGAAGUUUAUUCUUAUCUAUCGUUUGGGGACUCAUUGUCGUCUAGUGUUUUAAGUGUUUCCUGUGCUACCUGGAACUAAUUAAGCCACUGAUAAUGAACUGACAAGCUAGAACAAGUGAGUCAGCACAAGGGAAACAGCACAAAUGUGUUAUUUGCGGGUCUCCAAAACUGCACACUAGAAAUAUUGGUCUCUGAAAACUUUUCCCAAGACACUUCAGGUGUUUAGCAAAUAAUAAUAGGUGGAAGAUGAAAUGUGGCUAUUUUGAAAGCUUCGCAACACGCUUCAGAUGAAAAACACAGCCAACACAAAUCUAAUGAACAACUGUUAACCAACACAAAAGGUACAAGUCAAUGUUACUUAAUGCUUUAGGUUAUCAAAUUGCCUUAAAUCACCAGCAGCUUGCUGAAGCUAUCAGUGUGUGGGUUUGUGUGUUGUUUCUGCUAAGAAUGUGCUCUGUCUCUCUAGGUACUAUACGAUGCUACACAAUGAGUAACUUAUAAAAUGAUGUCUGUAGGAAUUGAAUGUAGAUUAUGCACUCUUGUCUUUCUCCUUUAUUCUACUGCUGUAUCACCAAUGACCAAUAAAGACUCAGCAUUACGAAGUCCA